CGCGCAUUGGCCCUCAGUCCGCGACCCAUGGAACGCAGCCCGUGCGAGUGAUCGUUCGUGUCUCUUCGUUAAAAAAUUGUGAAAGUGUCGAAAAUAAUCGUAAAAAGUCUCGAGAAUCGAUGAAUUACGUGGUACAUCCUCAUCGCGAACUAGAACGUGAAAGUGAUGAGUAAAAUGCGCGCGUGUAUGGCCGUUAAACCGCUUGUAAUUACUCCGCUAAUUGAUAAUCCCCAGUUUUUCAAUUCUUCGUCGAAUUGAAGCACCAGACUGCGGAUUUUUCCGAGUGAAUCGAGUGUUUUCAGUGGGAAGGGGAAUUAAUUUGUGGCUGCUGAGUGGUUUGGGCCCGCUGGAGGUGCUGGAGAGGUUAUCAACGAGGAGAAUUGGGGCUUUUCUCGCGAAAAAUGGACGGAAAACCGAAGAAACCGAAGGAGAAGAGGAGGAACAAUGAGAAGCGCAAGGAGAAGUCUCGCGAUGCAGCUAGAUGCAGAAGGAGCAGGGAGACAGACAUAUUCGCUGAACUCGCUGCAGAACUACCAAUAACCCAGGAUCAAGCUCAACAUCUGGAUAAAGCUAGCAUCAUGAGACUUGCUAUCGCUUAUCUCAAGGCUCGCAGUGUUGUCGAUGGCUUGUCAGAACCGCUCUUGAAGACCGAAAAGUUUUCGGAGAUGGACACGAUGUGUCAAGAAGCCUUAGAUGGAUUUAUGCUGGUGUUGGCUAGUAAUGGAGACAUGGUGUAUCUGUCUGAGAAUGUCACUGACUAUCUGGGAAUUCCACAGAUGGACAUGAUGGGCCAGAGUGUCUUUGAGUACGGUCACCCCUGCGAUCAUGAUGAAAUUCGUCAGUGCCUGUCCAUGACGACUGAAGAUGUCAAUGAAAAACGCAGCUGCAAUUUCUUCCUGCGUUUGAAGUGCACCCUCACCAGCAAGGGACGUAAAGUCAAUUUGAAAAGUGCGUCGUACAAGGUGAUUCACUGCAUUGGACACCCGAUGAUAUCUCGUCAGGCUGUGUCUGACGAAGCUGAGGAGUCGGAUGAGGGAAUACGCGAGUUCUCUGGCUGUGGCUCCUCUAGCUCUGGCACCGAGGACAGCCAGGAUGACUCUGACAAGGCAAAUGUCAAACCGUCAACAGGAAUCUCUCUGGUGGUCGUUGGAUGCCCCAUUCCUCAUCCAAGCAAUAUCGAGGUGCCUCUGGGACGCCACACAUUUCUAUCCAAGCAUAAUCUCAAUAUGAAGUUUACUUAUGCUGAUGACAGACUCUCCGAAUAUUUAGGAUGGAGUAGCAACGAAUUGAUGGGAAAAUCCGUGUUUGACUUUCAUCAUGCACUCGACAAUUGCGCCCUGAACAAGUCCUUCAAGUCCCUUUUCAGCAAGGGACAGUGUGAGACUAUGGCGUAUCGUUUUCUCAGCAGAACCGGUGGCUACGCCUGGGUCGUCACCCAGGCUACUCUCAUUCGCUGCCCAAAGCAGAAUAAACCGCUGUCUGUCGUUUGUGUCAACCACAUCCUGAGUGGAGUCGAAUGCAAAGAUGAGGUGUACAGUGUGCGCCAGUUGGAAGCGCGCAGCGCUGACGAGAAGCUAGAAAAAUCCUCAAAAUCCGAGGGGGAAGAUAUUCUACUGUCCCCCCCAGUGCUAGCCCCCAUCGAGACGGAAAAAAUUCCAGUGGAGGUCGAGCCCAUCAUUCCUGUCAAACGCACAAGACCUCAGGCUGUUACAGCAUCUCUUUUCAAAGAUCUCGACCCCGACGAGGGGAAGGGGGUCCCGAGGAUCAACGAUAUCGCCGGCGAGCGCAAGGGAAAACGAUCCCCUUGGUUGUUCCAGGAGAAACCAGUGGUCGAUUACGAUCCCUCACGGCACCGCGCCCUCACUCGUUCACAAGCAGCCACCAGGAACUCAUUGUCAGCUGGUCAGGAUAAUCAGGUGAUUACAGGAAAUUGCAGACCACCACCGCAAACAGCGACAGCCAGUAUCUUUGCUCCUCGUACCGAGGAGAUGAACACGGGCUUCCUCAUAUUCAGUGAGGAUCAACCGGGCUUGACGAUGUUGAAAGACGAACCAGAGGACCUCACGCACUUGGCCCCAACCCCAGGUGACGUUUGCGUCCCCCUGGAAGACACUCCAUUCCUCUCAGACAUGCUGGACGAAUUUAUCCUCGGUAACGAGGUCUACUGUCCCCUGCUGAGUCCAUCCCUCCCCCCCGAGUUGCCGAGUGGUUCAGAGCUCUCAGACGACUCCGACAAGUCCCCAGAGAGCCUGGUGGAGCCCCUGGAGACAUCGAUAGGCGACACAGAUCCCUUUUUCUACAAAGACACAUCGCCGAGUCCUGGCUCCAUUCAAAAAUCAAAUUCUGGACUUUUAACUCCUGUUCUUGGGAGCAGUCCAGGCUCACAGAGUCAAGACUCAUCGCUACGCAGUCCUGGGGAUGACAGCACACCCCUGGGAUCGGCAAUAUCAGAGGACGACAUGUUGAUGCUGAGUAUCAACGAUGUCAUUGCUGAUGAGGAACUUGCGUUGAGGGCACCGUACAUACCAAUGUCUGAUCAGGACGAGGCGCUUCAACUGUUGAUUAGUGACGACAUGGUCAUGUGGGGACCUACACAGGGGACGAACAAGAAGAUCAAAUGGGACGCUGAGGACGAGAUGUCCAGGCGUUACGCAGACUCCAGUCUAGCUAAACUCUUGAAGAGUUCCGGGGAGGAGCUGGAGAAGAACGUGGUGGAUCCUGUCCAGGUGUUGGGACAGACGUGUAGAAGAGGGCCAUCGAAUAAGCGUCACCACGGGCCGAAUUCACCGCACACUGGUAACGAAACAAAACGCAUAAGAUCGACGCAAGAGCCAAAAGAGCGUGCACCAAUCACUGCCAGUAAAAUUCCAACCGAUUUAUCCCCAGUGCUGACUGGUGGAGGCACAACAAUAUCAGAAUUAAAUUCCCACAUGAGUACGCAACAGGAGGAAGUUGAUGAGCUGAAGCAGCAGGGAAAUCUCCUGCUGGAGCAGUUGAUGGGACAGCAGCCACCUGAGGGCCCCGGACGAACCGUCUUCGAGGGAAGGAGAGAAGAGUUCAAGGAGGAUGAUGGUGGUGGUGGGGUUAAUGGGAAAAAUGUCAGACAGUCUAACAGCGUUCUCAUGAAUCUACUUGUUUCUGGAUGCGAUGAGACGUACGUUGACUUACCUCGCCUCCUGCAGGAGAAAAGCCAACCGCUGAUGAUAAACACUGAGGAUCCACGUGUCAACGACAUCUCCAGGCGCUAUUUAACCGUGUACACGAUGAAUGCGCAGUCGCCAAGCCCAAAGAAGCUCCUGGAGGAGAGCAUACCAUCAAACAUGAUGACUUCCAUGAGCCCGACGAUCAGUCCCCAGUUGAUGGAGAUAAAUGACUAUGGUUACAGCAUCGGGGACGCAACACCCCUGUCACCGGGCUCGGAGUUACUCCGAGUCCUCAGCGAAGUGGUUUAGAGGGUUGAUUAGGGGGAAAAUGAUGUUAUCGUGGCCUUAAUCCACUUUUUCGUUCUUUCUUCACGCGAAGUGUUAGUGGAAUUGUCAAAUAAGAUGAGUCAAUUUUGGGUUUUUUAUUUUAAAGUAAUUUCUGAGUGUUUAGCAUAAUUUAGAAGACCUUUUUUGUUUAGUUGUGGGUCAAAUGGCUUUGAGGGUCAAUUGACCUUUAGAGACGUUCAGGGUUGAGGGGCGAAUGUGGGUCAAAUGAACCUUUGAAAACGUUUGAAUUGAGGGUCGGAUAGUUUUGAGGGUCAAUUGACCCUUAAAAACGUUCAGGGUUGAGGGGUGAAUGGUCUUGAGGGUCAAGCGGACGUUUAGAGUUGAGGGUUGAAUUAUUCGAGGGUCAAAAGACCCUCAAGAGCGUGUUACUUUGAGGGUCAAAGGUUUUUCAGGGUCAAUCGAAUGGUCUUGAGGGCCAAUUGACCCUUAAAAACGUUCAGGGUUGAGGGUCGAAUGGUCUUGAGAAUCAAAUGAGCUGUAAGGACGUUUAAAGUUGAAGUGCACCCUUUAAAACGUUCAGUCUUGAGGGGCAAAUGGUCUUGAGGGUUAAAUGACCCUUAAGAAACUUUCAAGAUUAAGGGUCAAAUGGCCUUUAAAGCAGUUUGAGGUUGAAGUAUAAAUGGUCUUGACGGUCAAAUGAUCCUGAAGAACUUUUGGAGUUGAGGGUCAACCCUUAACCCUUAAGGGUUGUUUGACCCUCAACUAAAAAAUAAAAAAUCCUGAGUAUUA